AUGGACGGUACAGCUGAAAACGUUGGGACGACGGUGCCGAGAAAACCACUUGCGACUGGAAGGGUGGCAGAUCGCAUUCGUGCUUUGGAGGAGCAGGCGGCGCGGCAAGCCAAGGUCGAAAGUAUGCCGACGAGGAAGCCGUUACCUGGACUGACCAAGCUGAGUGCGCAGGAUGCGAAGGCUGCGCAGGAGCUACGCACCAAGAGGAGAGAGAUGCGGGUUGCUGCUCCUCCGCCCGAGUCACCAUUGUACAGGUCUCAACUGGAUGAUGAGCCUUAUCUACAUACACCUAAGCCGACGAAACCUAUACCUAUACUGAGUAAAUCGUCGCCAGAGCUUACACAUCCUACGCUCUCGCCGCUGCCUCAAACAGCUACACCUACUGCACUGCUCCCUCGCACGUCGACGGCCGCCACCUCGGCCUCUACAUCGACUAGUCGCCAAUUUCUGCCGCCGUCUACAAGACCGACCCUUGGUUCAGCGCACCUAGCCGGCCCAUACAUCUCGAAUCCCAACUCUGCACUCCUCUCACCUUCAAUCUACCUCUCAGGUACAAGAGAGAAAUGCGUCCGCCACGGCCGUAAGCACAAACCUACCCAGGACCAGAUUGCGAAGGGUAGGAACGGCGCCUAUCAUCCUACAGGCUUAGUCAAUAUGCGACAGAUGGAAGCCACGAGUCCCUGGAUAGGACCGGACGUGCACUUUGACUUCAAUGUCCGACUCAGUGGAUCGCAGGGCUCUAGCGGUAGUGAAGGGAAAGGUGGUAAAACUGGUAGUGAGACUUGUCCGGAUUGCAAGGCCGAGUUGAGUAUUAGGAGGAGGGAGGAUAUGUGGGAUAUUAUGUGGCCUGUGCGUGAGGCUGACGGAGAGGACGAUGAUGGCGCUGCUGGCACAUCAACCCCGACGAAUAGUGGUGGUACAACGCCUAGGACCAGAAACACUGGUAGUGCGAUGCCUACGGAGAAGCGGGCAAUGGUCGACCACAAGCAAGCGUCGACACAGGACUAUCUGCGCGACUCGAUCGUAACCGGGGCCCUGGGCCAGGGCGUCUAUGCUGCUAUCAUAGAGCGCCAAGGCAUCCUGGAGAGAGUCGUGAUCAACAAGACAUCUAACCAACCCACUACGCUAGUCUUGCAGAGACUAUCCAAGGAGUUGCGGGCAGUCGCAGAAACCCUGGCAUCUACAAGCUCGAAAGACGAUCUAACAGGGCUGCGUCCUGCCAAUGAUGAUGGACGCGAGCGUACUCAGGCUGUGGAUACCGUGCACAACAGCCAUGAUGAGGAAGACUCAACCCCCGAACCGCCUGUGCAUUCUGAGACGUUCCACGAUGCUAGAGGAUUGAGCAAGGCUGCGCAAGAUCAUGUUCGCGAAGAGCAUAAGCAAGAAGUCAACCCCGCUGCUCUUCCUCCGGGAACGCAACAGACGUCAAAGCCCACCACCGCCAGAAAUGUUUCGGGAGCUGUUGCCGACUCUUCAAAGCCCAUUCCUGAGCUCGCAAGACCAUCUGGUAUGCCUGCAACGGCGGCGUCUGCGGCGACGAUGGUUCAAAGCAUACUCCCUAACAUCCAUAAGAGACCGCCUACAGCAGAGCCCCAUGAUCCUACAACGGGCGAGCACAACACCGCCUUGCCCUCACCUCGCUUUGUUGCGACGCCAGAUAUUCCAACGCCUACCCCAACAACUCCAACAACAUCUCUUUCCCCACCCAAUCCAAGCAAGAAUACAUCACUCGACCCAACAAAAGCACUCCUCGCCACAAUACCGAACCGCCUCAACCUAGCCAUCCCAGCCGACAUCCUCCAUAAUCUCGACCUUGUCGAACCCGCGCUCGGAGUCGCAGAACAAGUCCUCCUCCCUAUAGCCAAAAACCCGCGUCCUUACCAUCGUGGACCAGGCGAGCCAUCAAAACAUCUCCUCGCAGCAGUAGAGAAGCAAUUCGCCAGGCUCGAGAAGGAAAAGCAGACGAUGCGGAGUGGGAUGCGGAUGGAGACAGCGUCAAAUGUGGCUAAAGCCAAGGAUGUGGAAAAGGAAGUGCUGCGGAAAAAGGAGGGCAGUAGAAGCGAGAGCGGACUGGGGUGGUUGGGUGUCUGGAGAGGUGGUGGUGGUGGAGGGAGUUCGGAUCAUCUUGGAGGGCACUGA